CAGCGCUGGACAGCGCUCAGCCGCGUCUCUCCAGAUGGAAACGGGAUAUGAAGUCAUGGCAGGCAAUAAUGCAACCCUGCCAGCCUAACACCACGGCAUGACUUACCUUGUCAUGUACCGGUGACUGACCACCUUGGUGGAAGAGCAGGAGGUACGAGGCUAUCGCAUACAUGUCACCGUGACUUUUUCCAGAUCGAAUAUUUUUCAGUGUUCAAAACAUGACCGUAGUUUGACGCGCGAAACGGAGAUUCCGCACUGCAGUCACACAGUAGCUAUAUCACGUACUUUCAGUCGCUCUUGCAUACACAUUUUAUUUCAUGCGUGUUUGGUUGAUGUCGUGAGGAAAAUUCAAAAAAAGGUUUCUCUGCAUGGAAAUGAAAGUAAUAUACCUGAUGAUGACACCGCAUCUUUCCUAACAGUCAGUCAGUCAAGGGAGUUAUUAUGGAAUUAACUGCAAACGACCGAAAACAUUUGACAUAUGUAAGGAAAUAAAAUUAAUAAUUUACCACAUUUUUGUAAUUCGCCUUUUCACCAAUGCGUGCUAAAUUAAUACGUUUAUAAUGCAUCUGAAAAAACUGGAUCUGAAAACUUUAACAAUCGCUUUUAUGGGCUAGAUGUAGAAUAUAAGGCUAUUUUAUUGUAUAUCGGUUCUCUUUAAUAAUUCCAGUCGACUCCUCUGACUGUGACAGUCGUGACCAAUGUUGGACCCUCGAGCUCAACGUGCCUCUCGUGACUGACACAUCAGAAGGAAAUCUAUUGGAUUUAUUACAAAACAACCACAUCUAUCUUUACUAAAGAUAGCAAGAAGUUUGGUCAGUUGAGUGGAUUUUAUUUCGUGAAUGACACUUUUUUAUUUUUACGCAUUAGAUUUUUGUGUCUUGGUGACCUGGCUGUCAUUACGCGGUAUUGAUGGACACACACACAGGUUGUUGUUGCUGCCGGACCUCGCGCAGUGAUAUUUAGUAGACAUCAUGUUUCUAUGCAACACAAGUGCAAUCAAAGACUGGAGCUAUUUCCUCUCUCAGAUCCUGCCUCUGAUCAACAAGACGUCUGGCUUGGUCAAUCAGGGCAUCAUCGACGAAGCGGAGGUGGCGACCACCACCAUGGUGACUGCUCUAGAGCCGGACCUAAGCGGGAUAAGCGCCAGUCACCCCCCACUGAACUCGAAUCACACCUCCGGGAUGGAACAUGUCUUUCAGUACUCGGAGAGUGACCUUCUGUAUACGGACAACAGGACACCAGCCCGGGACUCCAUCCCGCUGCCCAAGGCCGUGCUCUACCUUGUUUGCGCGGCGCUAGUGGUGGUCGCGGUGGUAUAUGCUAUAGUGGGACACCUGGUCAAGGAUCUGGUUACUGAGUUUGUAGACUGCAGGUUGUUUGGUGGCUGCAGAGUGACCAACAGGAGUAAGAGUGACAUAAACUGUAUCACCAACAGCGUGAACGAGAUGAGUGAGAUGAGCGAAAGGCCACGGUUGGUAGAGAUGAACUACAUUACUUGUAACCACAGUAACUGCCUGGGGGCGACUGCCCAACCAGAAGAACUCAUAGUGACCAUAGACGAGACGUUACAGCUGCCCCGGGAUACACACACUGGGACCUAAACCUUGGACACAACAGUCAUCUGAUAUCGGAUAAGAGGGAAAGGAAACAGCCAGUUUGCUUGGGUUUCCUUCAUAAAUGGAGCAACCUAGUCUAUCACAAACCGAUAUCCACUGUCCAUUACAGUACAGCAGUGAAAUCGUCUGAUGUUUGUCAUGAGGUUGUUAAAAUGAGGACAAAAAGUAUUGAAAAGUCUUAAAACAAAGGAGAUAGACAAUUUUACAGCACUGGAUGCAAAAGUUUGACAUUGAACUGGAUUCAUCAUCACCGUGAGGAUGAUCUGAAACAGUUAGUUUUUCUCAGAGGAAUAACUAACAGUUGGAGUGGACAUUCUUUUUCUGAAUUUCACCAUCCUGUCACCCAUCAAUGUGGCUUGUUCUUGGUAAGCCUUUACCUGUACACAUUGCACUCUCUAAAUGUGAUCCAAGUAUCUGACUGUGACUAAUCUCUCGUUCACACACACACAC